AUGAAGGUCACCUGGAAUGAGAAGGCAGAUGCCAAGUUACUGGCUGGCAUACUCGCCACUAGCCCAACUCCUAUUGACUUCAAUGCUCUUGCUGAGUACAUGGGUGAUGGAGUGACCGCCUGCGCCGUACGCCACCGGGUCACCCGCCUUCGGGCUAAGGCUGCGGAGACGAAUGACGCAAGCGGCACCUCUGCCCCUACUUCGCCCGUCGCCAAGAAGCGUCAGCGUACCACCCCCAAGAAGUCUGCGAAGACCGCUGCCGCCAAGUCCAAGGAAGUUGACACCGAGUCUGGCGGAGAAGGCCCAGCUCGCAAGGACGAGGAAACCGAUGAUGAGGAUGCGAAAGGCAAGAAGCUCAAGAUCAAGCACGAGAACACCGGAGAUGCCUUCUUCCUUGACUCCGAUGUCAUCAAGGAGGAGGAAUUCGACCUCUAA